AUGGCGGUCGGCAUGGAAGCGCCGGGGAGCCAAGACGGUGCGGAGGAGAAAGGUGCUGGCGCCGCCGAGCCGCCUGAAAGGCCGGACCGCGAGAAAGUGAGCUUCCGUCGAACGUCCGUGGCCGAUAGCAGUGCAUCUUCGGAAGCGUCGUUCCAGCGACCUUGCCUUCGUCACACGAGGUCGACGACAAUGCUGUUCGCCGCAUCGAGAACGCAGACCCAGGAAGACCUUUCAGAGCUGUUGACUACGGCUGGGCACGGCAGCUUCUUCCGUGGCUGGAGGACCGAGCUUGACCCUGCUGGCACCUUUGUGGUGGAUGCCGCCACCUUCAGGUGGGCCGCCAGGCGGAUGAACUUCACAGGCAGCGUGCGGAGCCUCUUCACCGGGGACGACAGCAGCAGCCUGUCACUGGCCGUGGUCGACCCGCAGAGGGCGGAGGUGGUGGACAAGUUCCAGCAGUGGGUCAGGGUGACCUUCGGCUCGCCCGUGGAGAUGUUCCGGGCGCUGGACCCGGAGGGCAGGGGCAGGGUCUUCCGCAAGGACUUCUUCGACGGCUGCGGCGCCCACGGCUUCCCGCAGCACCACUCGGACCUGCGGGAGAUGUACGAGUGCUGCGACUGCUGGGACGAGGGGUACAUCACGAGGGAGAGCGUGCUGUUCCUGGAGGCCGACCCGAGGCGCCGCGAGCGCGAGAUGCGGGAGAUGAAGGUCGCGAGCAUGGAGGACUGGAGGCACGAGCUGGCCAGGGAGUACCUGGAGCGCGCCAAGGGCGUGAACGGCGCGAGGCGGGCCAGGACCGCCGGUGCGAAGUGCCCCGGUGGGGAGGCGUCCCGCCUCGCGCCGCGGCCGUGGCAGGCCAGGGCCUUCGAGCAGUUGCCCCAGGUCCUCUCCCAGCGGCGCCAGGAGCGGGCGCGGGACGUCCGACAUCGCCAGGAGGCGGCGAAGGCGGCGUUCUUCCAGCACGUCGUGACUGCCCACGGCAACGAGAUCCGCGCCCUCCGCCGCUGCUGGGACCCGCAGCGCAGCUACAACGUCGGGAAGGUGCCCUUGCGCCGAUACUGCGGUCAGAUGCUGCUGGAGCUGGAAUUCCGCGACCUCUGGCAGGUGUUCGACCGGGACGACGACGGGUCGGUGGGUCUGCUCGAGUUCUCGCCCUGGCGGGGCCGCAUCCUGGCCCAGUUUAAGCAUUGGGCCGCGAGGAACCCGGAGUUGGGGAGCUGCACCGGCGUCUGGGACAGCCGCCAGGCCGUGUCGGCCCGCAGCACGAGGCAGAGCGGGAAGUGGACCGGAAAUUCGGAGCACCGGAUGCGGUUUGGGAACUUCACAGGCGUCUUGCGGGCCUUGGGAUGGCCGGGGGUGGAGGACAAGGAGGAGCGCGUCUCGCUCCUCACGUCGCUGGACCUGCACGGCUGUGGCUUCCUCACCCGGGCGGAUUUGGAGUGGCUGGACGGGUGGGACCCCCCAGAGUGGGUCUGCGCGGAGCCAGACCCGGAGGCGUGGGAGAAGUUGCGGGAGCUACUGCUGGAGAGGUACGACCACCCGCUCAUGGCAUGGAGGAAUCUGCUCGACAGGAACAACUCAAACAAGAUCUCGUGGUCGGAGUUCGAGGCCGCGUGCCAUGAAGUCAGAUUCGAGGGCAACGUUGCAGGCGUUUGGCGCCACCUCGACAACGAUUCUUCUGGGUACAUCAGCAUGCGGGAAUAUGACCUGCCUAGUGCACAGGUGUUGGGGUCUUUCAAGGCCUGGGCCGACCGCAACUUCGGCGGCGUGGUUGCCUGCCUUCGAGCCCUCGACGAGGACCGCAGCGGCUACGUGACCUUCUCGGAGCUCAAGCGGGCCACCAGCAAGACACCCUGGUACGGAGACGUGCGCCUCCUGUACAACUGCCUCGACGGCGUGAAGGCGGGAGCCUCCGCCGUCCGCGACAAGGCCACGGGGAGGCGCGCAGUCGGCACGGACGAGCUGGCAUUCCUCGACUCGUGGAUUUUCGAGGACGGCGACGGCGACGGCGACGACGCCGGGGGCGCCGCGCCGCGCCCGGGCACCGCCCCGGCGCACUCGCAGCCGCGGGCGCGAGGCCCCCGCCGCUCGGGCGCGUCGGCUGGGCCUCCCGGCGGGGCGCCGCCGCCCGCUCUGAGCGCCCCGCUCGCAGCCAGGGCGCCGCGGGCCGCCGCGGGCGCCCCCGCGCCCGCCGCGUGCAGCCCCCCCCCGCCGCCGCAGCGCGCGGCGACGGCGCCCGGCGGCCUCGGCCGGCCAGACGCGGCCGCCGCAGCGCCCGUCGGCCCCGGGCCCGAGCGUCCCCGGGCGCUGCCCGCCGCGGCGCCCGCCGAGCCGCCCCGCGACCCAGAGGCGGCCGCGGCCCGGAGCGUCGCGCAGGCCGCUGCCGCCGCCCGGCCGCCGCGCGCCGCGGCGUCCGCGCCUGGCGUCCACACGCACGUGCACACGCACUACCACGGCCAGGAAGGAGAAGGGCCCGAGGCCCUGGC